AUGCCAAGCCCGCUAACCGUGUACGUGCUUGGCUCCCCGGCCUCGGGAAAAACAAGCCUGCUGCGUCAGCUCUCCUGCAUGUGUGAAAAUGGCACUCUACGUACCCGUCCGACCCAUGACGCCCCAACGAAGGGACAGGAAGUUUAUUCACUUGUCAUUCAAGCACCGCAGCCAAAGGCGUUAUCCUGCACGGUCGAAAUUCGCGAGUUGGGCGGAGAAAUGGCACCGGUGUGGGAGAAGUUUAUUCAGUCAUUUAUGAACUCCAUAAAGAGCAAGGGUGGUCCCAAUUGUGCUCUGAUGUUUUUCGUGGAUGCAUUAUCCCCUCACCUGCUCCCUCUGGCCUCUGUCAUGCUCAGCCGACUAAAAGGUUCCGAUGGGGUUUGUCGGAACUGGCCGACGGUGGUGCUGCUGAGCAAGGCCCUUGCAAUGAACGCCAUGACGGAGGAAGAGUUGUGGUUUUUUCUCCCAGCAGAUACCUGCAAAAAUAUCCAGGUUUUUUCCGUCGAUUCUUGGAAUGGGCUUGGGCUUGGCGAUGUGCUGGCAUGGCUUAGCGGCGUGGCGUCCUCGUGCUAG